AUGUUCAGGAACCCUCGCGAGAAUCGCACACUGCCCGACUCGUCGCGACUGACGCCAUCGACCGGUCGCGCUCCUUCGCCACUGAACUCCUCGUCUCGAAUCGCAGACAUGGCGGCCAAAUCCGCGACGAACAAGACUACGCCAAAGCCUAGUACCAAUAAACCUCUGCUGAGGAAGAAGCCGACGCAAACGACCCUUGUAAUGUCGGAAUGGUGCAAGAAGUCGCCCACGAGUAGUGUCAAGAAGCCGAAGCCGAACCCACAAGGGACACCGAAUGGCAAUAUCAUGGCCUUCUUCAAGAAAGCCGAGGACAUCAAUAACCGCAUCUUCCUACAGGAGAGAGGCUCAAACCCGACGGUUGUGCUCGAUACGGAGGAAGGACAUGUGGGCUGGAGCGACGAGACGAGCGUUGGCGAAGCACGCUACAACGAGAAUGGUGGCAGUAUCAAAAAGAGGAAGGCCAGCCAAGACGCGACAGUGCCAGUGCCAGCCUGUUCUCCGCCUCCGCCAGAGGGCGUGGAAAGCCAUGAUUUGGAUGCUCUAACAAUUCAUGUUUCCCGGCAGGCACCCAAGCUACGAAAGAAGUCUGGCCCUUUCGUGGACGACUCGGAGUCCGAAGACGAAGAAGAAGCGUUAUUGCCCUUUCUUACGCAGGGUACCGCUAAGCAAGGGUCGAAUGAACAACCAUCAGGUACUAAAGCAACCAAGGACCCAACCCCUGCGGGUAAGCCCGAGCCUUCCACCCCUACUAUACUUCCGCUGCUGAAGGUCGAGUCCACCUCCCAGUUUUCUGGAGAGAAAUCUGAUGACGAAUUUGAAGGUGUAGACGAUGAUGAUCUACUUGAAGGCGAAGAGUACGACGAAAGGCGGUGGAUGAGGGAACAACGGCGACUGGAAAUGGAAGAAGCGGGCAUUAAGGGCGACCCGGAUGACUUCGAUGCUCCACCUAUUUUCCCUGAAGACGAGACUAGCAAUGCCAAUCAGCAGAUGGAAGAACAAGGAGAACCACCUUCGUGCCCGAUAUGUAGCAAUAAUCUCCUCGGCUUGUCGGAACAGGACGUGUUGGUGCACGUCAAUGCUUGCUUGGACGGCAACCCCUUACCAUUUCCUACGGUAAAGACAGGGAAAGAUAUCACUCUGAUCCCUACUAGCAAUGCGAAAGCCUUCAAGCCCCCAGCGAAACCUGCAAAACCUGGUCAAGCGCAUCCGUUCGUGCUCGGAAAAUUAAGCCGUGAACCGACGUCUGCCUUUUCAAAGCUUAUGGCAGGCCACGCUGAAGAUGCUGCUUGGGCAUCCGCAGCAGCUGAAAACAAUGCAUCUCGAGGAAAACCUGCUUAUCAGCGCACUUGUCCAUUCUACAAGAUCAUGCCUGGAUUCUUCAUCGCCGUGGAUGCCUUCCGAUAUGGAGCUGUUAAGGGCCAAAAAGCCUAUUUCCUCAGCCACUUCCACAGCGAUCACUACAUUGGUCUAACUGCAUCAUGGUCACAUGGCCCAAUCUAUUGCAGCAAGGUCACUGCAAAUCUGGUACGACAACAGCUCCGUGUCGACCCAAAAUGGGUAGUUGAUCUUGACUUCGAGAAGAAAACUGUCAUCCCAGGAACCGAAGGAGUUUUUGUAACGAUGAUAUCGGCGAACCAUUGCCCCGGCAGCUCCUUGUUCUUGUUUGAGAAGGAGGCGGGAAAUGAUAGGAAUUCAAAGCCGCAAAGAGUUCUACAUUGUGGAGACUUUCGUGCUUGUCAAGCUCAGAUCGAACAUCCGCUCCUCAGGCCCGAGGUGUUAGAUGCCGUGAGCGGUAAUAACAGACAGCAAAAGCUUGACAUUUGCUAUCUAGACACUACCUACCUUAAUCCGAAGUAUGCAUUCCCACCACAGCAGCAAGUCAUCCAGGCUUGCGCAGACAUGUGCGUUAGCCUCAAUAAGAUACGCGCAGAUGAUUCGGAUGGGUGGGAACAGAUGAAGCGCGACCGCGCCGGCCAAGGCAUGGUGAAGUUCAUUCGUAAAAACUCCAAUACAGACGACCCAGUAGAACCCAAGAGUCACGAAAGAGGCCGCCUCCUCGUCAUCGUAGGAACCUACAGCAUCGGCAAAGAGCGCAUAUGCGUCGGCAUCGCCAAAGCUCUGAAAAGCAAGAUUUACGCACCGCCUAACAAGCAGCGCAUUUGCAAAGCUCUCGAAGACCCAGAACUUGACGCACUAUUGACUACCGACCCUCGCGGUGCACAAGUACACAUGACACCCCUCUUCGAGAUUCGCGCUGAAACCUUAGACGAGUACCGACGCGAUUACGCCGACACAUUUUCCCGCGCCGUGGGCUUCCGCCCGUCAGGGUGGAAUUACCGCCCACCCAGUAGCCGUUUUACCGAAUCGCCCGCCGUGCAAAGCGUCUUACACUCCCAAAACUGGAAGAGUACCUUUUCAAUGAAAGACCUAACCCCGCAACGUGGAAGUACCAAUCGAGCAAGCUGCUUUGGAGUGCCAUACAGCGAGCACAGCAGCUUUCGGGAACUAACCAUGUUCUGUUGCGCGUUGCGGAUUGACAAGAUUAUACCCACAGUUAAUGUUGGGAGUGCGAAGAGCAGAGAGAAGAUGAAGGCGUGGUGUGAGAGGUGGGCUGUUGAUAAGAAAAAGAAUGGCUUGUUCCAGCUGGGUGAAGAUGGAUGGUAG